AUGCCCUCUAUCCGCGCAGCCGCCGCUGAAGUUGCGCUCUCGUCGUCUCUCUCGGCUUCGUCGCCAGUCUUUGUACCCUCGGUCGCAUCGACCGCUCCGUCGACAAACUCGCCGUCGCGCCCGCGGGCAGCCACCACCACCUCGACCGUCCAUGUCUUCCACUCGCCGACCACCCGCUCGCCCAUUCAGCGGACGCCGACCCACUCGCCGCAGAUGUCGUCACCGCCACAGCAGCAGCAGCAGCAGCAGCAGCAGCCGCCGCCACCGCGCCCCGCCGAGGAGCCGGCCGCCGACGACAUCAUGAUGCUCUGCGCUCAGUUCCCGGACUUUGACCCCGAGUACAUCUCGGACAUCUACGCCGAGGCUGCCGAGUCGCGCCUCGCUGCCGCCGACACGCUCGCGCAGAUGAACUUUUACCGCUCGCACCUCCACGCGCAGGGCCGCGGCCCGGCGCCUGCGCGCCGCGUCUGCCGCUACUACCAAGAGGGCGGGUGCUACCGCUCCGACUGCGCCUUUGUCCACACCGACACCCAGCUCUCGUGCUCGUACUGGCUCGUUGGCUCGUGCAUGAAGGGUGCCGAGUGCGCCUUCCUCCAUGGCCUCGACGACUCACACCGAGACGAGCUCGACGACAUGCUUGCCUCACAAGAGGCUGCCGCCCGCGAGGCCUCCGAGGCCGCCACCGCCGCUGCCCUCGACGACGCCUUCUUUGCCCCGGCCCCGGCCCCGGCCCACGAUGCCCCGCCCGUUCCCUCGAUGGCCUCCAAGCUCAAGCGCGCCAAGCUCGGCGAGGAGUUUCCGCGAGUCAACGCCGGCGUCAUUGACGAGAUCUUUGAGGCCCACGGGUACAACUACGACGCGACCAAGGCCGCCCUCAUGGCCGAGCACGCCGACGGCUUUGUCGAGGUCUCGGACGUCGUCGGCGGCUCGCGGGCCGGCGGCCGCUCCGCCAGCAAGCGAACCAAGGCCAAGAGCAUGCCGUGGCUCGAGACCGGCGAUGCCCUCGCCGCCCUCUACGCCUCGGAGCGCGCGACUGCCGAGGACCUCGCCCGCACGCGCAACCACUACCUCCAGCAGUCUGCAGCCGCUUUUCGCGCCGGCGACAAGGCGCUUGCCAAAGACCUCUCCCGUAAGGGUCGCGCCAUCGAGGACCAGAUGCACGAGGCCCACGCGAUUGCCGCCCGCAACAUCUUUGCCGCCCGCAACCCGCCCAGCCUUCUCGAGUCCAAGAAGGUUAUAGACCUCCACGGCCUCCACCCCGAUGAGGCCGUCGACCACCUGAGCGCCGUCCUCGACUCGCUCAUCGCCUCGGGCAUCAUGGCCUACGUCCUCGUCGUCACCGGGACCGGCCAUCACAACGCUCUCGCCAAGAACGGCCUUGUCGAGCCGGCCGUUGCCGACUACCUCGCCGAGUCGGGCCUCGUCUACUCCGACGCCUCCGUGGACGGGCGCGGCGGCUGUUUGCGGGUCUCGCUCCCUCGGCCUGACCGCUCCGUCCGUACCGGAAGGCAUCAUGGCGGAAAGCGAUAA